AGAAAGCAUGUCGUACGUAGAAAUGUUCAUCGGUCGUUAAACGUAAUAUUAUACCUUUUGCGAUAUUUAUAGGGCAACCAUUGGUCGCUUAUAAUUUCAGUGGCACUGGUCAGACGACACUCACUUCUGUAAUAGUUUGGUAUACUAUUGGAUAUAAUCACACACAAAAAACGCGCAUUGUUUUUAUUUUGAUUUGAUUGUGGAAUGGUUAUUGACGGGAUGGUUAUAGGAAAAGAUGGACCCUUCUCAGCUUCAACGUUUGCAAGAAGAACAGCACAGAGCUUUGAACGAUUGUGCCGAAAAAAUUCAACAAUGGGAAAAGUUUGAUGAAGAUUACAAUGCUUUACAUGAAAGAUUGGAAACGCUACCUGAUAAAACAACCCACGAUGUUAUGGUACCAUUUGGAUCCCUUGCAUUCAUGCCUGGCAAGCUGGUACAUACAAAUGAAAUACUAGUCUUACUUGGUGACAACUGGUUUGCUGAGAGAUCCGCUAAACAGGCUUGUGGAAUUGUAGAUAGGAGGAAAAAACAGGUGGAAGAAAAUCUCAAACAACUGAGAGAAGAAAAACGUUUGCUUGAAGCACAGGCUGGUUUCACAGAUGAUUUCCGCACUGAAAGCAGCAAUAAAAAGGAUAUUGUUGAGAUCAGAGAAGACUAUGAUCCUGAGAAAGAGGCUAAAUGGAGAGAAGAAAGACGAAAAAAAGGCAGAGAAAGAGCAAAAGAGAGGGAGAAGGAAAGGGAAGAAGAACUUAGAAGAUUGAAAGAAACAAAACAAUCAGAGGAGAGCACCAAGGAAGUUAGCAAACCUUCAAUUACUGAAGAAGAGUUGUGGGAAAGAUUGGACAGACUUGAGCAGUUAGAGGAUGAAUUGGAUGAAUUAGCAAUGUUGUCUGAGGAUUCUGAUGGUGACGACGAAGAAGAUGAUGAUGAUGAUGAUGAAGAAGAUGGCUGUGAUGAUGACAGAGUAAAUGAAAUGGAGAGGGAGAAAGGAACAUGGAAAAGCAGAAAUAUUGAUGAGAAAACCAACAGGAAACAUGUGAAAUGGAAAGAACCUGAACAAGAAUAUAGCGACGAGGACAAAGAAGAGAUACCAAAAAAAACUAUAUCAUUUAUUCAUACAAGGAUUUCGCCGUUAUUCUCAAUAGAGGAAAAGGAUACCGAUGAUGAGGAUCUAGAAUCAGAUUCUCCAAAAAUAAUGAGUCCUAGAGAUAUUUACAAAUACUUUGGUCCGACUACGUCAGCGCUUACUAAUGACAUAGUUUUGAAAGACAGCGAGGAACCUUCACGAUGUGUGUUGCCAGCUACAAAUACCAAAAAGCCUGCCAAGUCGAUACUUAAAACGAGUAAAUCAAAGUCCAUUGAAGUGAUGGACACAACAAAGACUGACAGCAAACCAUCAGUAUCAACUCUAUUACCUGCAUUUUCAGGUGAAGUAUUCGAAAGAGAAGCAGUUAAAGAAGCGACGCUCCCCAUCCAACCAGUAAUGCUUCCUGCAGCAAAGAGAAUGUCUAGAUUCAAAGCUGCAAGACAAAAAACUAUAUAG